ACAGAGGAUAGUAACGAUUCUUCAUUCGAACCAAAAACACAUCCAACGACGAUGACAACGAACCGAUCCACCAGACUUCUGGUGUUGCUAGUGUUGACCUCACUGGUGGCCAACCAUCAGGCGAAUGCCGCCGCCGUGGGACUGAAGUGCGGCGGCCAGAGCGCCGUCUGCGUGGGACCACUCUCCUACCAGGUGUGCGUGGAUGGCCUGACCACCGGACCGGUGGUGCCGUGCGCGGUGAACACCCGCUGCGUGACCGACGGCCUCGAGAUUUGCGUGCCGGUCAAGUCGGCCGCCGAGGCGCCCACGGCGGCCGUCGCCAAGAUGGUGACCAUCACCGACAGCCCCGUCAGCGAAUCCGCCCCGCUGGUGGAUGGCUCAAGCGCCAGCUCCAGCGGUUCCGGAGUCGAGAUCUCCACCGAGGGACAAAGUGCCGCAUCCAGCGCUGCUCCCCCGGAGACACCUGCUCCGGUUGAGACCACCCAGGCACCCGUGGAGACCACCCAGGCGCCCGAUGAGACAACCACCGCCGCAAUCGAUGAGACCACCACCGGAUCGGAGGCACCUCUCGACACCGAAUCGACCAUUCCCAGCGAAACCGCUCCCGUGUACACCACUUUGGCACCCGGUUCGGAAACCACUAACCCACCCAUCGAACCCGAGGGCACCACUGCCGCUCCUGGAGAAGACCCCAACGCCACCGCGGGAACCACUCUUGCUCCUGGUGAAGCCGACCCGAACACGCCAAUCGAUCCCAACGCCCCUCUGGACCCCAACGCACCCGAAGAAUCUACUACCGAACCCGGAUUAGUCGACCCCACAGCUCCGGCUGAAACAACUGCCGCCCCCGGAACUCCUGCUGAUGUAACCACUGCCGCUCCUGGCACCCCAGCUGAUGUAACGACUACCGCUCCUGGUGCUCCUGCUGAUGUAACGACUGCCGCUCCUGGUGCUCCUGCUGAUGUAACGACUGCCGCUCCUGGUGCUCCUGCUGAUGUAACGACUGCCGCUCCUGGUGCUCCUGCUGAUGUAACGACUGCCGCUCCUGGUGCUCCUGUUGAAGGAUCGACCGCCGCUCCCGGUGCUCCGGUUGAAGGAUCGACCGCCGCUCCUGGUGCUCCUGCUGAUGUAACGACUGCCGCUCCUGGUGCUCCUGCUGAUGUAACGACUGCCGCUCCUGGUGCUCCUGCUGAUGUAACAACUGCCGCUCCUGGUGCUCCUGCUGAUGUAACGACUGCCGCUCCUGGUGCUCCUGUUGAAGGAUCGACUGCCGCUCCUGGUGCUCCUGCUGAAGGAUCGACUGCCGCUCCUGGUGCUCCUGCUGGUGUAACGACUGCCGCUCCUGGUGCUCCUGCUGAUGUAACGACUGCCGCUCCUGGUGCUCCUGCUGAUGUAACGACUGCAGCUCCUGGUGCUCCUGCUGAUGUAACGACUGCCGCUCCUGGUGCUCCUGCUGUUGUAACGACUGCCGCUCCUGGUGCUCCUGCUGAUGUAACGACUGCAGCUCCUGGUGCUCCUGCUGAUGUAACGACUGCCGCUCCUGGUGCUCCUGCUGAAGGGUCGACUGCCGCUCCUGGUGCUCCUGCUGAAGGAACGACUGCCGCUCCUGGUGCUCCUGUUGAAGGAUCGACCGCUGCUCCUGGUGCUCCCGUUGAAGGAUCUACCGCUGCUCCUGGUGCUCCUGUUGAAGGAUCGACCGCUGCUCCUGGUGCUCCUGUUGAAGGAUCUACCGCUGCUCCUGGUGCUCCUGUUGAAGGAUCGACUGCCGCUCCUGGUGCUCCUGCUGAUCUAACGACUGCCGCUCCAGGUGCUCCUGUUGAAGGAUCGACUGCCGCUCCUGGUGCUCCUGCUGAUGUAACGACUGCCGCUCCUGGUGCUCCUGUUGAAGGAUCUACCGCCGCUCCUGGUGCUCCGGUUGAAGGAUCGACCGCCGCUCCUGGUGCUCCUGCUGAUGCAACGACUGCCGCUCCUGGUGCUCCUGUUGAAGGAUCUACCGCUGCUCCUGGUGCUCCGGUUGAAGGAUCGACCGCCGCUCCUGGUGCUCCUGUUGAAGGAUCGACUGCCGCUCCUGGUGCUCCUGUUGAAGGAUCGACUGCCGCUCCUGGUGCUCCUGCUGAAGGAUCGACUGCCGCUCCUGGUGCUCCUGCUGAAGGAUCGACUGCCGCUCCUGGUGCUCCUGCUGAAGGAUCGACUGCCGCUCCUGGUGCUCCUGCUGAAGGAUCGACAGCCGCUCCUGGUGCUCCUGCUGAUGUAACGACUGCCGCUCCUGGUGCUCCUGUUGAAGGAUCGACUGCCGCUCCUGGUGCUCCUGCUGAAGGAUCGACUGCCGCUCCUGGUGCUCCUGCUGGUGUAACGACUGCCGCUCCUGGUGCUCCUGCUGAUGUAACGACUGCCGCUCCUGGUGCUCCUGCUGAUGUAACGACUGCAGCUCCUGGUGCUCCUGCUGAUGUAACGACUGCCGCUCCUGGUGCUCCUGCUGUUGUAACGACUGCCGCUCCUGGUGCUCCUGCUGAUGUAACGACUGCAGCUCCUGGUGCUCCUGCUGAUGUAACGACUGCCGCUCCUGGUGCUCCUGCUGAUGUAACGACUGCCGCUCCUGGUGCUCCUGUUGAAGGAUCGACCGCCGCUCCUGGUGCUCCUGCUGAUGUAACGACUGCAGCUCCUGGUGCUCCUGCUGAUGUAACGACUGCCGCUCCUGGUGCUCCUGCUGAUGUAACGACUGCAGCUCCUGGUGCUCCUGCUGAUGUACCGACUGCCGCUCCUGGUGCUCCUGCUGAUGUAACGACUGCAGCUCCUGGUGCUCCUGCAGAUGUAACGACUGCCGCUCCUGGUGUUCCUGCUGAAGGAUCUACCGCCGCUCCUGGUGCGUCUGUUGAAGGAUCGACUGCCUCUGCUGGAUCAUCUUCUGGUGUCGCCCCUGGCUCUCCCACUGAUCCCAAUGUUCCCGCUGGUGGUGCUCCUGCUGAUCCCAGCGUUCCCGCUGGUGGUGCUCCUGCUUCAGGUGCUGGUGCCGCCCCAGGAUCUCCUGCUGAACCCAACGUUCCCGCUGGUGGUGCUCCAGGAUCUCCUGCUGAACCCAACGUUCCGGCUGGUGGUGCUCCUGCUGAUCCCAACGUUCCCGCUGGUGGUGCUCCUGCUGUUCCCAACGCACCUGCUGGUGGUUCUCCUGCAGAUCCCAACGUUCCCGCUGGUGGUACUCCUGCUUCAGGUGCUGGUGCCGCUCCAGGAUCUCCUGCUGAACCCAACGUUCCGGCUGGUGGUGCUCCUGCUGAUCCCAACGUUCCCGCUGGUGGUGCUCCUGCUGUUCCCAACGCACCUGCUGGUGGUUCUCCUGCAGAUCCCAACGUUCCCGCUGGUGGUGCUCCUGCUUCAGGUGCUGGUGCUGCCCCAGGAUCUCCUGCUGAGCCCAACGUUCCCGCUGGUGGUGCUCCUGCUGUUCCCAACGUUAACGCUGGUGGUGCUCCUGCUGUUCCCAACGCACCUGCUGGUGGUGCUCCUGCUUCAGGUGCUGGUGCCGCUCCAGGAUCUUCUGCUGAACCCAACGUUCCGGCUGGUGGUGCUCCUGCUUCAGGUGCUGGUGCCACCCCAGGAUCUCCUGCUGAACACAACGUUUCCGCUGGAGGUGCUCCUGCUGAUCCCAACGUUCCCGCUGGUGGUGCUCCUGCUUCAGGUGCUGGUGCCGCCCCAGGAUCUCCGGCUGAACCCAACGUUUCCGCUGGUGGUGCUCCUGCUGAUCCCAACGUUCCUGCUGGUGGUGCUGCCACUUCUAGCUCCGUUCCUAAUGCUCCAGGAGCAUCUGUGGACCCCAAUUCUCCGCUCAAUCCACCAACUGGCUCAGUCAUUCCAUCGAUUCCAGUACUGCCUGGAGGAUCUGGCACAUGGCCUUGGCAACCCCGCCCGAACAUUCCAAUUCUGCCGCCGAUUUGGAGGCCUGAGCUUCCUGGACAAAACGGCUCAGGUGCUUCUGGCAGUGGGCUGAUCAACGGCGUUGCCAACCCGCCCCAACGUCCUCUACCCUUCUGGCCCAACUGGCAGAACUGGGUGAACAGCUGGCGACCAACAAAACCAGUGACCAGCACCGAGGCUCCUGCACAACCGGAGAAUCCUCAGCAGCCGCAGGUACCCCAGAACCCCCAACGUCCCAGCAACAACAAUCCCGAAACUGCCGAGAGCGUGGAACAGGCUGUCCCAGUUCCGCCAGCUGGAGGAGCUGCGUCCAACGAGAAUGCCUCCGUUGAGGAGAGCAACAAGGCAUCCAGCGAGAAGUCGAAGGACAAGCCCAAGUCUGGCGAGGAUCAGUCCAAGGAGCAGGAGCAGAAGAAGCCCAGCUCUGAGGAGAAGGAGAAAGAGAAGGAAGAGAAGGAGAAGCAGAAGGAGAAACAAAAGGAAAAACAAGAGGACAAGGACAGCAAGGAGAAGGACAAGGACAGCAAGAAGGACAAGGAUAACAAGGAGAAGGACAAGGACAGCAAAGAGAAGAAGGACAAGUCCAAGGAGGAGAAGGAGGACAAGGACAGCGAGUCCCAAAAGGACAACGACGACGAGCCGAGCUCCAAGGAAAAGAAGCAGUUCGUGAAGGACCUGAUCAAGAAGCUAAAGAAGGGUGACGAGUGCGACGAGAACGAUGUCUACCCGGAUGCCAGCGACUGCCGCAAAUACUACCGCUGCGAGGUGAAGAGGUCGGGCAAGCACAAGUUCGCCCACCUGCGCUGCGACAGAAAGGAACGCUUCGACUGGAUCGCCGAGUCCUGUGUGCCCAAGGACGAGGCCCGCUGCCUGGAGAAGUAGGGGAUUUGGACUGGGAUUGACCAGCGCCCCCGCCACUUGCAAUCCGUAAGAUCUGCUCCUGCAUCCGAACGCUAAUCUCACAAUUAACUGUAUUCCUCUAUAUUGGCAAUGAUAUUCUAUCCCUAAUCCCAUGGUCCUAUCUAAUUUAUUGCUCUAUUCUAAACACCCUUUAUUUUUUUGUUUUCCACAAUAAACUUUAAAGUUCAUGAAAAUCUGGCAAA